GGCCCGGGGGAGGGCGGCGCGGGGCCGCCGAGGCGCCGCCAUCCUGCGGGGACCCAGGAGCAUGCUGCUGAUACCCAGGACAGGCAGAGGAAAUAGAAACACCCAGGAGGCCACCAUUCCUGACCCUGCUAGAAGGACCAGACUAGUUCUCGUUUCUGCUCUGACUGGCUCGGAAAUUCCCGAGUCCGGCCCCGCCCCCCACGGGCCCGAGAAAUCCCCGGCUCGCCUUUAUAGGGCGGCGCCAAGCCCGCCGCCGCCCCACUCCGACCCCGGACCCGGACCCGGCAGCACCGACCGCCGCACCGACUCCCCGUACCGACCCCCCGCACCUCCCUUCUGCCAGCACCUCCUGCCAGCCCCACCGCCACGGCCGGGAGCCAGCAGGCCGUCCACCCAUCGGGACCUGUAGGGUUGUGACCUAAAGCCA